CACUCCACCAGAUAUAUAUGUCAUAGGAUUUCAGGAGCUAGAUCUUAGUAAUCAGGCCUAUGUGUUCAGUGACUCUGCAAAGGAAGAACAGUGGCACAACGCAGUCAGGAAGAGUCUACCCGCGAAAGUCCGAUACAGAAAGGUGAAGCUUAUUCGUAUGGUAGGGAUCAUGUUAUUGGUGUACGUCAAGGAUUCCGUAGCACCAGAUGUCCCCCCUCAUUUUAUAGAUGCUGACUCGGUGCCCACUGGAAUCAUGGGAAUUAUGGGUAACAAAGGAGGGGUAGGGGUGAGGAUGACCCUACACAAUACCUCCCUCUGUUUUAUCAAUACCCACUUAGCAGCUCACCAAGACGAAUACGAACGAAGAAACCAGGACUAUAGAGAUGUGGAGGGUAAGAUGAGAUUUAAACAGUUCAUGCCGCCGUUGACCAUAUCAGAGCAUGAUCAGAUAUUUUGGAUUGGGGAUCUGAACUACAGGAUAAAUGGGCUGGACAUUGACAAAGUGAAGACAAUGAUUGAUAAAGGGAAAUACCCAGACCUACUCAGCUACGAUCAGCUUCAUCAACAGUUAUAUAGAUCUGAUGUGUUUGAGGGCUACAGGGAAGGCCAGAUAAACUUCAAGCCCACGUAUAAAUACAACACAGGAACCAAUGAAUGGGACUCUAGUCCACGUAUAAAUACAACACAUGAACCAAUGAAUGGGACUCUAGGUAAAUAUAUACAAUCUGACUGUCCACGUAUAAAUACAACACAGGAACCAAUGAGUGGGACUCCAG